UUUUUUGUUCCGUAAAAAAUUGACUGAAUCGUAGUAUUAUGUAUCUAUAAAUAUAGUUAUAUUAUUGACAUGCAUAUUGUUGUAAAAUUGAAGCACAAAUUAAAGGUCCAGAAAACCAAGUGAGAGUAGGCAAUGUGGAAGCUUGAGGUAGCAGAGGGCCAUGAUCCAUGGCUGCUUAUCACCAAUGGUUUUGUUGGCAGACAAGUUUGGGAAUUCGAUCCUGAUCUUGGAACCCCGGAGGAACAUGCGGAAGUGGAAAAGGCUCGAGAGAAAUUCUCUCAGAACCGAUUUCAAGUUAAAGCAAGCAGUGAUGUUCUCAAGAAUUUGCAGCUUAUCAAAGAAAAUGGGAUUGAUCUGAGUCUACCAUCAGUGAGAUUGGGAGACAGAGAAGAAAUAACUUGUGAAAAAGCAGAAAUUGCGUUGAGGAAAGCUGUUCGGUUCACUUCAGCAUUACAAGCAAGGGAUGGGCACUGGCCUUCUGAAUUCUCAGCCCUCCUGUUUGAACAGCCUUUUUUGGUUAUUGCUCUGUACAUUACAGGAACCCUAAACACAAUCCUCUCAUCUGAACAUAAAAGGGAAAUGGUUCGAUACAUCUAUAAUCAUCAAAAUGAAGAUGGAGGAUGGGGCUUCCAUAUUGAAAGCCAUAGCAUGAUGCUAUGUACAGCACUUAACUAUGUGUCCUUGCGUUUGCUUGGAGAAGAACCCGAAGGAGGCAAAGAUGGAGCUGUGGCAAAGGCCCGGAAAUGGAUACUUGAUCAUGGUGGUGUAACAAUGAUAUCUAUCUGGGGAAAAUACUUUCUUUCGUUCAUUGGAUUAUAUGAGUGGUCUGGCUGCAAUCCAGUGCCUCCAGAAUGUUUGCUUCUCCCAUCAUUUCUUCCUUUCAAUCCAGGAAACUUCUGGUGUUACUUUCGCACAGUUUAUAUUCCAUUGGCUUACUUGUAUGGUAAGAAAUUUGUGGCACCAAUCACCGAUCUCGUUAUAUUACUAAGGGAAGAACUCUACAUUCAACCAUAUGGUGAAGUAGAUUGGACAAAAGCUCGCAUCUUAUGUUUGAAGAAGGAUCUAUACAAGCCUCAUUCUCUCGUGGAAAAUGUUUUAAGUGGUGUACUCUAUUACUUUGCCGAGCCACUUUCUACACAUUGGCCUUUCUCAAAGCUAAGAGAGAAAGCUCUAGCAAAAGCAAUGAGUCUUAUUCAAUAUGAAGAUGAGCACACUGGAUAUUUGACAAAUGGUUCUGUGGGAAAGAGUUUGAACAUGAUUGCCAAUUGGGCUGAUGAUCCUAAUCAAGAUUCACUCAAGCGUCACCUUGCUACAGUUCCUGAUUACUUGUGGGUUGCUGAAGAUGGAAUGAAAGUGCAGAAUAUGGGUUCCCAGCUGUGGGAUUCUGUUUUUGCUACUCAAGCAAUUAUUGAAAGCAAUCUCACUGAUGAAUAUGGCUCAACUCUCCGAAAAGCCUUCAAUUUCAUCAAACUUUCACAGAUCCGAGAAAACCCAUCGGGAGAUUUUCAGAGCACGUAUCAUCAAAUUUGUAAAGGAGCAUGGACUCUUACUGUCAAAGAUCAAGGUUGGCAAGUUUCAGACUGCACAGCUGAAGCACUAAAGACUUUACUCUUGUUAUCACAAAUGCCAGCAGACAUUGUUGGCGACACAAUUGAACUCGAGCAAUUAUAUGAAGCAGUGGAUUUCCUUCUUACCUUGCAGAGCGAAAAUGGAGGGUUUUCAGCUUGGGAGCCAGCAACAUCACCGCAAUGGAUGGAGAUGUUUAAUCCUACAGAAACUUUCGGUGGUGUCAUGGUCGAAACUGAAUAUGUUGAGUGCACAGCUUCAGUCAUCCAAGCUCUUGCAUUAUUCAGUCAUUUACAUCCCGAAUACCGGGGGAAGGAAAUAGAAACGUCUGUGGCUAAAGCAGCACAUUACGUCGAAAAUGCACAAAUGGCCGAUGGUUCCUGGUAUGGAAACUGGGGGAUUUGCUACACAUAUGCAGCAUAUAUUGUAUUAGUUGCACUGGCAGCAGUUGGAAAGACACAUCGCAACAGCGAAGUGGUGCGCAAAGGCUGUGAUUUUUUACUUUCGAAACAACUGAAGUCAGGAGGCUGGGGAGAGAGCUAUCUUUCUUGCCGAAACUCAGAAUACACACCGCUAGAUGGAAACAGAUCAAAUUUAGUGCAAACCGCGUGGACAAUGGUGGGUUUGAUUCGUGCAGGGCAGGCCGAAAGGGAUGCAACACCUUUACAUCAAGCAGCAAGAUUAUUGAUCAAUUCACAGCUUGAAAGUGGUGAAUUUCCUCAGCAGGAAAUCACAGGGGCCUCUUUGAAAACCUCCAUGUUGCAUUAUGCUUCCUACAGGAACAUAUUCCCACUCUGGGCUUUGGGUGAAUACCGUAAGCAUGUGCUAUUGCCUAAGCAAAACACUUGAAGGUUACAUUUGGUUGGUGUGGAAGUGAUGAGCAAAGCACUGUAUUUCGGAAAUAAAUUAUAAGAAUAAAACACUAUCGAAAAUCCUUUUUAAAAGAUUUUUGAAUUCA